GCGCACAAGCUUCUGGACAUUUCGAAAGAGUGGAAGAGACCUGCUAGCCUUUACGCUCCCAGUCAUCUUUAAAGCCUUUCGUGUGGAGCCAGGGUGACUUUAUAAUGGAUUUGGAAGGCGGCACGUAUGAACCCGGUUUUGUGGGCAUCAGGUUCUGUCAGGAAUGUAAUAACAUGUUGUAUCCUAAAGAGGAUAAAGAAAACCGUAUCCUGCUUUAUGCUUGCAGAAACUGCGACUAUCAACAAGAAGCGGACAACAGCUGCAUCUACGUGAACAAAAUCACUCAUGAAGUUGAUGAACUCACUCAGAUUAUUGCAGACGUGGCUCAGGACCCGACCCUGCCCCGGACAGAGGACCACCCCUGCCCCAAGUGCGGCCACAAGGAGGCGGUGUUCUUCCAGUCUCACAGCAUGAAGGCCGAGGAUGCCAUGAGGCUUUACUACGUCUGCACCGCCCCGCACUGCGGUCACAGAUGGACAGAAUGAGGGGGGUGAAGCUGUGAAGGACGUACAGAUGCUGUGUUUUCGGGGUCCAGAACGUCAUGUCUCCGUUUAGGGGACGUGGAGUGGAUAUGUCUUACUGGCGACCCAACUGUAGCUCACCAACGCGUUCGUGAAUAAACCGGUGUUUCAUUUUAGUUGUGAAUUUUAGGGGGCGGAUACCAGCGACGCAUGCUUUUUGUUAAUAGAUUUUCGUUUUUACUCUACGCAGUGUAUUUUUGGAAGGUUUAUAAUAAAAUAUUGCAAAAAAAUUAA